AGCACAAGCAAAUUGUUGGCUGAUGUGGAGAAUGAAUUGGAAGAUCUGAAAGCCAAGGUGAAUUGUGUCCUCCACACUCAGGAAGAGGCCAAUAGGGACUAGAAAACCAACUCACACCUCCAGUUCAAAGAUGGCUUGACAAGGCACACCUCGGUGAGAAAUAUAAUAUGAUGAUUCAAUUGAAGGAUGACUACAACAACAGAGGUUGUCUUGUUGGAAGUUGUUCCCUCAAUUGUUGGGCCAAGUACAAGAUUAGCCAAAGAUCAAUCAAGUUAAUCAAAGAGAUCAAGAACUUGAAGACGGAAUAUGAUGCUUUCAAAGAAAAAACAGAGGCACAACCUCCAAGAGCAAUUAGGGAGAUCCCAACUUCAUCAAUUGCUGUGGGCAAGAUUAUCAAGUUAAAUCUUGAGAAAGUUCAUGGUUACUUGGCAGAUGACAAUGUAUCAAUGGUGGGGAUUUGGGGCAUGGGAGGGGUCGGAAAGACAACUCUCUUGAAUGAAAUCAAUAACUCAUUACAAGGUGGUGGUGCCAACAUGGGGUUCAAGCAUGUCAUUUAUCUGGUGGUUUCAAAAGAACCUCAAUUUGAGAAGCUUCAAAAGGAGAUAUCUAAAAGGUUGGGAUUGCCCUCUAACUCUGAGAAGAGUGACAUAUUUGAGUUUUUGAAGAACAAGGACUUUUUGAUGCUAUUAGAUGAUAUGUGGAAGGCAGUGGACCUUCCUGAAACCCUUGGUAUUCCACUUCCUCACCAUCAAAGCCAAAGCUGGGAAGAUAGAGGUCAAAGGUGCAAGCACAAGGUGAUCUUCACAACCAGAGAAGAUGAUGUGUGUGCUCGUAUGAAAGCUGACAAGAAGAUCAAAGUUGAAUGUUUGGAUGGAGAAGAAGCAUGGCAUCUUUUCAAGCAACACGCAAAUGAAGAGACCAUCAAUUCCAAUGCUGGUAUUAAAAAAAUUGCAAUGAAAGUUAUGGAGAAGUGCUUAGGCUUACCACUUGCCCUUAAAGUUAUUGGUGGAGCCAUGUCGAAUAAGAAGAAACCUGAAGAGUGGCGUGACAUGCUCAGGUCAUUAGUUAACUUGGACGUCAAGACAGUCACAGAUAUUGAAGAAUCAUUGUUUUGCACUUUGAAGCUCAGUUAUGAUAAUUUGGCAGAUGAUACUCUACGACAAUGUUUUUUAUGUUGUGCUCAAUGGCCUGAAGAUUCAUUCAUUCGAACGGUUGAUCUCAUAGAGUAUUGGAUUGGAAUUGGAUUGAUUGAUGACUUUAGAAACAUUGGAGAAUCUUUUGACAAGGGAUAUAAUCUCAUUGGAAACUUAAAUGCAGCAUGCUUGUUGGAAUUGGAGUCUAGAUCUGAUGAUGAUUAUGUCAAAUUACAUGAUGUGAUUCGUGAUAUGGCACUAUGGAUUGUCUCUGAGUAUGGGAAGAAAAAGAACAAAUGGAGUAUAUGUACAAAUGAUGAUGAUGAUCUAAGUCAAUCUUUGGUGUGGAAAGCAAAAAUAGAUGAUUUGAGUUUAUUGAAGAGAAGAGUUAAAGCGAUUGGUAUGCAUGUGACCUCAGUCAAGACUCUUGGGCUUCUCAAAGAUUUGCCAACCUGGAAUUUAAGUAUGCAAGGAAUGCAUCAUAUGCCUAAACUCCAUUUUUGUGACUUGAGUAACAAACAUGGUGGUGAGGGUUUGAUGCAGUUAAUAAUUCAAGAUUGUGACUUUAAGGAGUUGUUGAUAAAUGGCAGUAGGACGCUUAGGUUUUUCCGGCCACCACCCUCGGUCGUCGUCGUCGUCACUAGCUCUCUCUCUUUCUCUUGUCUCAUCCAUUUCUUCUUCAGCACCUCAUUCCGUGCUCUCUUCUUCACCACCGGCAGCCCCGUCACCGGUAAACCCGUCACCGACAUGCUUCUUCUUCAUCACCGGCAGACCCAUCACCGGCAAGCUUCUUCUUCAUCACCGGCAGCCCCGUCACCGGCAAGCUUCUUCAUCACCGGCCCCUCAUUUCCCAAAAAAAAAGGGCCGCCCACCAUCCUCUUGCAAGUCAUCGACGUCGGCCACUUCAUCUCCGUUGCCAUCAACCCUCUCUCCACUCUUCCCUUGGAAUCAAACUUUUACAUUUUCCAAAACUUCUCAUUCAAAAAAACUGGUUCAAAGUCAUCCUCGACACUGCUUGUAAACUCGUUGGUAAAUCAGAGACUGAGAUUGCAUGCCACCCAAAUUUUUUCUCAAAACUCAGGCUUCUUCCCGGAAUCAAGGUUCUCUGCUUUUUUUUUUUCAAAACACAAAAAUCUAGAAGAGCAUAUUUCCAAACAACAAGAAGACAGACAAGCAUCCUUCUCAUUCCAACACAAAGAUUGA